AUGAAAUUUUCCGUUCUUUUGAUUUCAACAAUUGGAUUGCUGUUAACAAGUUUUCAGGGGUUACGGAGUCAAUCGUCAUUCCCGUACUAUGGAGGUCCCGUAGUUUAUCCCAACGACAGUGAUGAUGACGAUUUAGGAAUACUUUUGACAAUUCUUCUCCUCGCUACAAGAAAUCGAAACUGUGGUGGAUAUGGCUGCGGAGGAAAUAAUUGCUGCAACAGCAACAGUAGACCUCUCCUCGUACCCUGCCCGAUUCCAAUUCCAAUGAACUACCAUAUAAUAUCUUACUUCGAUAGAAGUUCCGAGGAAUAUGAUUCUGACGAGUACGAUUGGGGAGCUGGCUUUUUGAGUACUGACGUUUCGGCUGGUGGUGGUGGAGGUUGCGGCGGCGGUUCCUCCCGAUCGAAUAGCGAUCCCAAACAAGUAGUCGUAAUUGAUGCUAACAAUGGAGCCAGCAAAACCGAUGAAGCAUCUGGAAUUGGGGUAAAGGUUGACGUGCCCGUAGACACUGACGCCUUAAAUAUAGAUCCGUAAAGAUCCUUGAAACAGGUUUUAAUAUUGCAGCGA